CGCCCUCACCCUAAGCCACCACCCCUGCCUGUGCACCACCGACCCCUGCUACUCCAGCUACUACGUCCACAUUGCCCAUCCAACGCACACCGGGGCGCCGUCAGCCACACUGGCCACGCCCCCCCUCGGCUUCACCCCCUCCAGGUUGUGUCCUAAUCACCUGAACGACUCCAAGCUCCUGGGGGGGCGGGUGUCCCACCCUGCGGGGUUGACCCACCCUUGCUGCAACCCCGUGACUUCGGCGUGUUGCGGCAUUGCCGGCUACGCCUGUAACGCAAUGCCUCCCGUCACCAGCAGGAGGUGCUCGUUUGGAGCAGGAUGCUCUGGAUGUAGGCGGAGCAUCAAGACAGAGAGUUACCCCCCCUCCGAGGACGGUCUAAGCCCCUCCCUCCUCAUCUCCAGUUGCCCCCUGACCGGCGGCCCCACCUCCUCUCAGGCUAAAGCCCACCUGCUGACCCCCCUGUCUGGACGAAGCCGGCCCCCUCCCCGGUUAAGGCUGUCCAAAGCCUUCCCCCAGAGCGCCGAGGCCUCCAACGGCUCCCUGUCCGUGGGUCGCACUCGCGUUCCGGCGAAGCAGGCGGCGCCGGGUCUCGUCUGCGCCAACAAACAGAAGAAGGUCGGCCGCCGGCGCACCACCAACGGGUGGAGGGCCGUCGGCGCCCCCACCGAGAGGGAGGUCUUUAUAGCGGGCGAGGACGAGACGUCCCUGCGGCGCUGUUACGACGGCGUGGAGCGGGACGGGGAGGUCAUCCGAGUCCGGGACACGGUGCUGCUGCGGUCCGGGCCCAGGAAGAAGUCCCUCCCGUACGUGGCCAAAAUAUCGGCUCUGUGGGAGGACCCGAAGACAGGAGAGCUGAUGAUGAGCCUCUUCUGGUACUACAGACCCGAGCACACUCAGGGAGGCCGAGAUCCCCGCGCUCACUGUGAGAACGAGAUCUUCGCCUCUCGGCAUCAGGACGAGAACAGCGUGGCCUGCAUAGAAGACCGAUGCUACGUCCUCCCCCUGGCCCAGUACUGCCGAUUUUGUGCCUUGGUGAAGCGGCGUGCUGAGGGCGUCCCUCGUGGCGGCGCCUGCCCGGUGCCGUCCCGUCCCGACUUUGCUCCGCCUUCCCACCGCUGUGUGCCCACAGACGUCGACCCGGAGCUGGUGUACCUCUGCCGCCACGUCUACGACUUCCGCUACGGACGCAUCCUGAAGAACCUGCAGUAGCGCCUCCAACACUGACUCUUGGCCACGCCCCCAGAGGUUCUGUCCGAGCAGCCACAAUGGAGGAGCUCCGCCUUCUCCUGGUUUAUCCGAGCGGCGCGUCGGCGCUACGGAAACCGGAGAAAAUGUUUUUUUUAAUUAUUUGGCGACUUUUAGGCAAUCAGACGAAGCGAGCGGCUUUAGAGGAACUUCUGUUCCGCACAAACGGAGACGCCGUCCCGGAGCAGCAGCUUCUCCAGAUCGGAUCUAAAACUUCCAACGGCUCAAUUUACACGAAAAGACAAAAGCCAUAACCGAAUCCCAGACACACUUCCUGGUUUGGAAAACUUUAUCAGAGACAAAGAGUGUUUUAUGCAUCAAAGGUACAAGGUAGAAUUAUUAGAAACAGAUCAGAACGGAAGAAAAAGGAAAAAAUUGAGGAAAAGAAGUAAAAAAAAGAAGUAAAAAAUCUGAAUUUCUUUUGUUUGAAUGUUUUAUUCAGCCUUCAGGUAAUUUCUGUUUGGAAAUAAUUUUUUCAAUUUAUGAAAAUUAAAGUCAAAGUUUCUAAUUAAAAAAACAUUAUCAAAAGUUGGAAUUCUAAAGAGAAGUCAGAAUAAAAAAUAGAGAAGUCUAAGUCUUGAGAUAUAAAAGGUAAAUAUUUAAAGGGAUAAAAGAAUUUAAUGAUUUAUUUUUAUUUUAAUGACUUUUUCUGCAUUCUGGGACAUUAUUAGUUGAAAAACUAGAACUUUUGGAGUAUUCAUUUCUAAUAUCAAUAUAAAGUUAAAAAACAGGAAUUCUAGUAAAUAAAUGAAAAUUCUAAAGAAAACAGAAUUUUCAAAAUAAAAUUUUGAACAUUUAAAGUUUAAUCUGUAAGUGGAUGAAAGAAAAUCAGAAUUUUGGGAUUCAAAAUCCACAUUUUAGUGUUUUUUUCAGUAUUCUGGUAAAUUAUUAGAUUCAAAUUUAGAAAUUUGAUAUAUUUAUUUCAGUUAUAAAAUUUUAAAUAAGAAUCAAUUAUUUAAAAAAAAUCAGAAAAAAAUGUGAAAAAUCAAAAUAAGAAAAUAAGUCAAAGUUGAAUCUUUGAAUGGAUUAAAGAAAGUAAAAAAUGUUUUUUUUUACAUUUUUUAAUUUCAUAUUUCAUAAUUUUCAUUUAUAAAAUUUAAAAUCAGAAAAACUUUAAAGAAAACCUCAGAAAAGUCAGAAUAAAAAACAGAAGAAGAAGUAAAAGGUAAACCUCUGAAUGGAUAAAAGAAAAUCAGGAUUUUUAGGCUCAUAAUUCUUAUUUAUUUGUUUCUUUCAGUAUUCUGGUAAAUCAUUUGAAUAAAAUUCUUAUCAUAAUGUUUUUUUUAUUUCAUCUUUUGGUAAAUUCCUAAAUUAAAAAUCAGAAAUUUAAAGUAUUUAUUUUAGUAUGAAAUCUAAGUUACAUUUUUUUACUUAUUUGACCAUUUUCAGAAUAAAUAAAUAAGAUUCUCAUCUUCCUUUCGCCUUAUUUUAGUCUUAAUUUAUGGAAUAAAAAUAAUCAGAUUAGAUUUGUGGAGAGAAACGCUUUAUUUACGGCUAAAAAAAUCAGAAUAGUCGGUUUUCUGCAGAGUUUUUAACUUAUAAUUUUCACUAAUUCGGACAAAGACGGUCAAAAAUCAGUGGAAAUGUGAAAAACAAAACGUGAGAAAUCCUGAAGGAUGAACGUCAAGAUGUUUCUAAAACAUAAACGUCAGUUUAUGUUUCUUCACGCGGUAAAAUCCUGAUUCUUAGGGGUUUGAACCCUUAGCUGUGCUCGAGCGUGCACGCCCAAAAGCCAUCUGAAAACUCGAGUCCAAAUUCAUCUUUUGUUUUCCUAAGAACUUUAAACAAUAAUGAUAAUAAGAGUUAAUAUAUUCUCCUACUUUCUGCUUCCCUUUAGAAUAUUUUAUUAUGUCCUCAGAUAUGCAAUCUAUUUUUAGACGUAGUAUUUUUGGAGGCGCCUUGUUUGAAGUUCAGUUUUAGUUUGGGAAAAUUGAUAAUUCAGUCAAAUAAAAAAAUUGGGGGAUAAAAAUGAAUAAAACUGAAACAAUUCAAGCACAGGAGCCUCUAUUUUUAGUGUGUUUAAGCUAGAAAAUGAUAUAUAAAGUGAAAAAAUCUUUUUUUCAUCACAGCUUUUAUCGAUUUCUAGAAAAGCGUCGAGCGGAGAGACUGAUCUAGAAUAAAACGGCUUUCUGUUAUUUAUGACAUUUUUUGGAAUAAAAAUCCAAGUUUCCGACGUCAGAGACUCCUCCCUCGUCGAUCCGUUCGUCCUCUAGAGGGCGCCACACGUUCAGAAGCUGCAUCAUCAGUCGAGGAGGAGCGCCCAAUGAGACGUCUGUUCUCCCAUAUUUGCCAAAAACCCUGAAUCUUAGGCUUUGCAUGGGCUCACUCGCAUCCUCCGUUACCGUGACAACCAGGCUGGAACAGCACUUUUUUUUCGAAACACGAGUAGCUUUAGCCGACGUCGGUCCGCUCGAGUGCGUCUCCAUCCCUUUAGACAAAACGAAGCACCUGUGAAAUGUGGCUUUUCUGACGUUGCUUACUGUUUUGAUAAAUGAAACGCAGAAUAAAACGCUCUUGGAUAUUUUUUUGAAGUAGAAGAAAUGUGUAGAGAUCAGAUUGUUGUCAUGCUUUUGUAAUUUUAUUUUAAGGAAUUAUAUAUUAUCCUGAUUGAUUUCAUGUACUGUUGAGAGAAUAUUUAUAAAUUUGAAA